AUCCGUCCAUCGUUCUUCUAUCGCUUUAUCCUCCACAUGAGGGUCGUGGGGGUUGCUGUGCCAAUCUCGGACAUAGGGCAAUAGGCGACUGGGUGACCAACAAGCUCUAUUGGACUGAUGCUGGAACAGAUCGUAUUGAAGUUCCACAUUCUGAUGGGACCAUGCGGACUGUUCUGAUAUGGGAGAACCUGGACCGCCCAAGGGACAUUGUUGUUGAUCCGAUCGGGGGCUUCAUGUACUGUACUGAUUGGGACGCCAACCCAAAGAUAGAGCGUGCAGGAAUGGAUGCCUCUAACCGUAUUGUGAUCAUCUCAUCUAACCUGACUUGGCCCAAUGGGCUUGCCAUUGACUACGAGACCAAACGCUUGUACUGGGCUGAUGCUGGAAUGAAGACUAUUGAAUUUGGCAACUUUGAUGGUUCUGACAGACAGGUUUUGAUUGGCAGCCAGCUUCCUCACCUCUUUGGUCUGACUGUUCAUGAAGACAAGCUUUACUGGACAGACUGGCAGUCCAAGAGCAUUCAGAGCGCUGACAAGCUCACUGCCUUGGGGAGACACACACUGGCUGAAAAUCUGGAGAACCUCAUGGACAUUCACAUGUUUCAUAGACAACGAGAGUCAGCAAAAGUGUCUCUGUGUUAG